AUGCUCGGAGCCCUACAUCCGUCCGUUAACCUGACGAACAUGCUGCGGAAGUUGUUGAAGAAGUCUCUGCCUACCGACGCUCACAAAUUCGCUAAUGGAAAGCUGUUCAUCUCGCUGACAAGGCUGUCCGAUGGCGAAAACGUGUUGGUUUCCGAAUUUGUGACACGGGAUGAGCUUAUUGAGGUGUGAAA